AUGGAAGGAGCGUUCCUGGAUACUCCCGUUAUGGACUUCGUAACGGACGUCAACUUUCUGGACUUGCCUCUGCAGUCGCCCGGGCAGCCCAAACCGACCUCGGCCACGUCUUUGCACGCCGCGGACCUGCGAGGGCUUUAUGGCGAUAUCGCUUCCGUUCGUGACAUUGGGGAAGGGCCGGUUCCUUUCGCUGGAAAGGUGUGUCUGGGCUCUCUGGGGAUGGAGAUGUCGCCUGAGUACGACGUCGGCCCAUUAACGGGCCGAUCGAAAAGGAAACGCGUGAUCACCACAUCCCAGCGCCAGGCCGCCAACAUCAGGGAGAGAAAAAGGAUGUUCAGCCUAAACGAGGCCUUUGAUGAACUGCGGAAGAAGGUGCCCACCUUCGCCUACGAGAAGAGACUCUCCAGAAUCGAAACCCUUCGGCUAGCUAUUGUGUACAUCUCCUUUAUGACAGACCUCCUGAAGGAGAACGAAAGAGAGACCGAAAGCUGAUCAUGAAAAAACGGCGGAUGGCUUUGAAUGACGGAAACAAUGUGAAUUAAGUUAUGUUCAUGUCCUUUAGGACAUCCUCUUCAAAGAUUUGCUAUUUUUUUAUUACAGACAUACGAAUAUUAGAUAUAUGUCCGCAUACAUAUCAUCAUAAUAAAAAGAACAUUGUAUACAUGUCGUGGGCAUUGCGACCCACACACGAUGCACGCUAUUGCUGGAUGUUUCAUUUUUCGAUUAAUACAUUUUUAAUUUGUUGAAUAUUGAAUCAGCGCGUGAAGCUGACGGCUAUUAAAAGGCUCCGAAUUUAAGACAGGCAAUUGUAUUUUAAAUAAUGGGGGAGGAC